AAACAGCUCGUCAACAACCUCGGUAGCUUGCUAGCCAACAUAGCCGAAAGAUUCAAGCUAUAUAUACGCUUUCGGUGUAUAUAACCUACUGUGUUUUAGACACACUUCUGUCGUAUCUACUUGUUAACCUAUUUAAUUUAAUAUUACGUUAUUUUGUAUUAGUCAGCUAUAGUAGCUGGCUGGUUAAGUUAGCACUAGCCUAGUCGCUAAUGAUUGCUAGCUAGCUAACAUCCCCGAACAUGAGCUCUCUAAACUUCUCCCCUCUUGUUAAAGAAGAGGUGGUCUGCUGGACGGAGAAAGAAGCUCUGGGGCUGAACAUUGUCGUGAAAGAGGAGGAGGAGGAGGAAGAAGAGGAUAUCACAGUAAAACAAGAAUUAGAGGGUGAGGCUGUUACAGUGAAAGAAGAAGAGAAAGACGUUUCAGUGAAAGAAGAGGAAGACGUUUCAGUGAAAGAAGAGGAAGACGUGUUCAGAGUGAAAGAGGAGGAGGAUGUUACAGUAAAAGAAGAGGCUGCAGUUUUUGGAGUGAAGAAGGAAGGGGAGAUUACUGUCACAUUGAAAGAAGAAGAGGAGGAUAUAGGAGAUCUGAUUAACACCAGAGAGAGACGGGACUAUCGUGGAUCCUCUGGGGAGCCUCAACAACAUCAUGAUGCUGAAGAGGCAGAGAAAAGUCUCUCCACAUCAGAACACCUCAAGAAACACCAGCAGAGACCCACAGGGAAGAAACCUCACUGCUGCUCUGACUGUGGGAAAAGAUUCAACACUUCAUCAGACCUUAAAAUACAUCAAAGAAUUCACACUGGAGAGAAACCUUACAGCUGUGAUCAAUGUGGGAAGAGUUUUACUCUGCUACAAACCCUGAAAUCACACCAGAGAACACACACAGGAGAGAAACCUUAUGACUGUUAUCAAUGUGGGAAGAGUUUUACUCAGCUAAGCAGCCUGAUAGUACACCAGCGGGGACAUACAGGAGAGAAACCUUAUAGCUGUACUCAAUGUGGGAAGAGUUUUACUACAUCUAGCUAUCUAACUACACACCAGAGAACACACACUGGAGAGAAACCUUAUGGCUGUGAUCAAUGUGAGAAGAGUUUUACUCAUCUUAACAGCAUGAUAUCACACCAGCGGGGACACACAGGAGAGAAACCUUAUACCUGUGAUCAAUGUGGGAAGAGUUUUACUACAUCUAACUAUCUAACUAUACACCAGAGAACACACACUGGAGAGAAACCUUUUGGCUGUGAUCAUUGUGGGAAGAGUUUUAUUCGGCUACAAACCCUGAAAUCACACCAGAGAAUACACACUGGAGAGAAACCUUGUGGCUGUGAUCAAUGUGGGAAGAGAUACUCUGAUAAAAGAUCUCUGAUUAAACAUCAGAAAAUACAUGAAGGAGUUGUUUCAUGACAUCAAUGAAAUAAUGUCACAAUGUAGAAUGUUUUAACAUUGUAGUAGGAGUAUUUUAUUGAUGUCACAAUGUAGAAUGUUUUAACAUUGUAGUAGGAGUAUUUUAAUGAUGUCACAAUGUAGUAGGAGUAUUUUAAUGAUGUCACAAUGUAGAAUGUUUUAACAUUGUAGUAGGAGUAUUUUAAGGAAUCUCACAAUGUAGAAGCCUAAACGUUUGUCCUCUGUUCUAUUGAUUUUAACAUGAUAUGGAUAUUAGCCUCAGGGGGAAAAUCCAGGCUCUGAAUUGGAAGAGUACUAUUUAUGAGAUUUAACAAAAACUGACUCUCAAAAAAAUAGUCGUGUUAAACUUACCACGUUGGUGACCCACUUGAAACAAAAUGUUUAGGUUUUCAAUAUUUCCCAAACUGUUUCUACAGAUUGGUUAUUGAUUUGGACACAUUGCACUAUUCCAAUUUAGCAAAAUGUCAUUGAAAAUAAGACUAUGCCCGACGUCCAAUAUAUGUUUGGUUGUAGUUGAAAGUGAAAGUUGAAAAGAUGCCUUUUCGGGUUGUUUUUUCAAUGACUUGAAAACAACUUAAUUUCAACGUACUUGCAGCCUAUACACAUGGGCGCAGUAUAAUGAAUUGGUCUAUAAUCAAUUUUAUUAACAAUCCUACAUCGGUCCAGUAUUUCUUCACAACAUCCAAAUGCUAAUUGUCUUUAUUCCACUACUGAAGAAGCAUGACUCAAAUCACCUCAUAUUUCAAACAUUCAGCCUGACAAAAGAUACAUGUUUUAUUAUUACAUGCCUCACCAUUAAGUGAAGUAUUGCCAAUACAUAUUAACAAAAGGGUGUACAUUUGGUUUUGAUCAUUCAUAUUUACAAUUUAUGUAACAUUUAGUAAUCAUAAUUAUUUAUGCAACCAACUGACAACUUUUGGGUACAAUUAUAUUGACAUUGUGAAAUAUUGACAUUAUAUUGACAUUGUGCUUUUAGAAUAACAGGGUUCAUUCUCAGAUGUGCCAACCCAAAUGUACUAGAGCAUGACAUUGGGGACUGGGCCCCGAGCCAACAACAUGCCUAUCGAGUGAACCCUGAAAAGAGAGAGAAGCUCCGUAGUGGAAAGUUACUACGGAUAUCGCAGGAGUUUCCUCAUGAAAACAGACAUGUCUGUCGUAAGGACAACUUGGUUGCUGAUUGUCUCAAGGCUGGGCAGUCAAAUAGAUUUGUGUUUUGCAUUAAGCCAGUGAGUUACCAUGAUCACAAUUUAUUUUGACACGUUUUUCCCGUGUUGGAGAUUAGUUUUAUCUCUUAUUCUUUUCUGUAUUUUUUCCAGUGUUGUAUCUGGCGCAUGUGACUAAUACAAUUUGAUUUGAGUUUUGUUUGGGCUCGUUCCAAGGGGACGAGAGUUCUAGAAGCUAGUGAGUUGUAGGAAGACGAGAGUUCUAGAAGCUAGUGAGUUGUAGGAAGACGAGAGUUCUAGAAGCUAGUGAGUUUUAGGGAGACGAGAGUUCUAGAAGCUAGUGGGUUUUAGGAUUCUAUGGAAAGAAAAAGGAUUACAAAAAUGAAGCAUUGAAAAUGAAAAGUGAAGCAUUGUAGAUGUUCAUGUGAAAUGGAAGUUGUAGAGAUACUCUGAAUGAUUGGCUAUGAAAAGCCAACUGACAUUUACUCCUGAGGUGCUGACCUGUUACACCCUCGACAACCACUGAGUAUUAUUAUUUGACCCUGCUGGUCAUCUAUGAACAUUUGAACAUCUUGGCCAUGUUCUGUUAUAAUCUCCACUCGGCACAGCCAGAAGAGGACUGGCCACCCCUCAGAGCCUGGUUUCUUCCUAGGUUUUGGACUUUCUAGGGAUUUUUUCCUAGCCACCGUGCUUCUACACCUGCAUUGCUUGCUGUUUGGGGUUUUAGGCUGGGUUUCUGUACAGCACUCUGUGACAUCAGCUGAUGUAAGAAGGGCUUUAUAAAUAGUUUUGAUUGAUUGUACAACUGAAUGCAUUCAACUGAAAUGUGUCUUGGGUGCACUGAUUGGUGUCACCUCGUUAGUCAGUAUGUGUUACACCUGUGCUGGCUUGUCCAUCUCGUUAGUGGGAAGGUGUUUCACCUGAGCUGGUCCAGGUUCUAUUUAAGAGUGUCUGGCCCAGUGCUCCAGUUGUCUUGAUAGAUGUGGAGAGUCAACACCUUUAGUUGCUCCACCUUUUUGGUUGCUUCCUGUCUUUAAGUUUGUUGUGGGUUUUUCUUUUGUUUCCCUCUUCUUGGGCAGAUUUAGUGUGUCUCAUGGUGGGUGUCUUUUAGAUACCAGUUGUUGUUACUAGUCAACUUUCAGUGAACACUGAGCGCAAAACUGCAACAUUGUUAUAAUUCUUUUAUUGCAUCAAAUCGUAUAAUAAAUGGUGGUUUUAUGCAACAGAAUAGAGGGUUCUUAGAACUAUUGUGUCUGUGUUCUACUGAGGAUGGGCCUCUCGGAGAUGACACUGAUAGGAGAUUUACAAUGUCUUUGGGGUGAUAAAGAGACCUAAAGAGACAGCAUUCCAGAGCAUGAGUUAAUGUUUCUGUUCUAUAUGAACAAAGUAGCUUUGAUGGGAUUGAUCAUGUUAACAUCUUACUGCAAGUGCUGUAAUGUGUAGUGUCUUGCUGGCAUGCAUCUAAAAAAAUGUUGAGGCCCCACCAAGAUUUACAUGCUAAAAUCGCCACUGGGGUGUGUUCUAGUGUGUCUGGGCAGGUGUGAUUUAGUUAAUGGAGAUGUGUUCUAGUGGGUUUGGGCAGGUGUGAUGUAGUUAAUGUUUGUAUGGUGCUGUAAUUUGUAUGUGUAUGUUUAUAAAAUAUCAAAUGAAAUAUGUUUUAAGUCCCAAUGCAAAGUUAUACCUUAUUAAAUAAAACCAAUCAGAAUGCCAAAGUCAGGUGUGAAGUAAUAUGGAGGAUCAGCCUAGUACCUAUGAUGUAAACUACAACAGAAAUAACUUCAAAUGUAGAACUUCAAAUUAAACUAAUCGUUUGCACUCGUGACUUGAGUGAUUAAAGUAAACCAAAGUUUUGGAAAUACAUAACGCCAUCCAACCAAAUAUCAAAGAAUGUUAGCUGUAUGCAGUUAUCUUAGCCAGCCAGCUAACAUUAGCUAUUUAGUCAACUAGCUAUGGUCAGCGAGCUGGAGCCCAACUACCGGAGACCAGUUAGAACCCAACUAACAAAACCCAACUAAAACAUAACUGCAGAUCAAAAGAGACAAACAGAAUGAUGGCAGGGAAAAUCUCCAAAAUAUAAAGAUUAUAGGUGUCAGUCAGCUAGCGCGCUAGCAGUAAACCAAGGUUGUAAAAGUUGCAGAACUCCCAUAGUCUACUUCACAGAGAACAUGCUGAAAAGUAGUGAUGGGGAAACAAAGCUUCCUGAUGCAUUGAAACUUUCCAGCCAAUUGUGUCAAAAAUAGGUUCAUUACUCAAGGCUUUGAGCGAAACAGAAUUUAGAACAGCCAAAUUAUUAUAGAUGACGUAGCAGCGUAGCCAUUAUGUCAUAUAUUAAACCACUGGCCGUGUUCGAGAGCAUCAAAUCCAUGCUGCAUUGUGGGUAAACUGUGACUGGCUGACUGAUUUAUAAGUAAGAAUGAGUAGUUAUCUAUGAUGUAUAGUGAUUUGUAGAUCAGUCAGUUGGCAGUCGCCUGCAAUGUCGAACAAGCCCAAAACCAAACCAAUCAGGUGGUUGUUCGAUGAAACGAAUCUUCAGACGCCAUUGAUGACGUGCUGCUGAUAAAGUGAUACAGGCAUCAGCACACUGCUUUGAAGUUUAAUGCUUUCAAGGCCUCGUACCUCCGGUAUCAAACAUAACAUCCCCAUCGAAAAGUUGACAAAACAAAAAGGAGCAAGCAGGUUGAUUUCCUCUGUCAUUUUGAGCCCACGGCAAGAACGCACCAGAGCCUACCUUGCUAACGGGUUCCCUCUAGAUAACACAACCACACAGUUAAUGAAAAGCAUGAGGUGAAGCUUGAGCUAGAUAUCAACCUAUCGAGCUAGUGUGACCUUCCUGGUCUCUCAAGUCAGUGAGUCAACACAGGAAGGAGCAAUGGAUGGAUAGUUCAUUUAUUUCCAAAGCUGCAAUGAUGGGACACACACAGUAUGGAUGAAUGGAUGAAAAAAAUAAUUGAAAUGUCUAUGAAAGUCAUUGUGAUCGAAUAGUGGAUUUAACAAUUCCUACUAAUUCCUAAUUUACAAUAAUAAAUGA